AUGGCCACAACUAUGCUUACGACCGUCGAAAGGCUGGACAAGCCAAGCGCCUACUAUCUAGGAAGAAAUAAGAAGCGGAAAUUCGAUCGUGACAGGGAUGAGCGAGAGAGCAAAGACAGACGCGAAGAGGAAGCAGCCGACCCUCUCAAAGAUGCCACUACCCUCUACGUUGGCAAUUUGUCGUUCUACACCACAGAGGAGCAAAUACAUGAGCUUUUUGCAAAAUGUGGAGAAAUCAAACGGCUUGUAAUGGGACUCGAUCGAUAUCAGAAAACUCCGUGCGGAUUUUGCUUCGUCGAGUACUACACCCACCAAGACGCACUUGACUGUAUGAAAUAUAUUGGCGGUACCAAGUUGGACGAACGGAUCAUUCGAACCGAUUUAGAUCCAGGAUUUCAAGAGGGCAGACAGUACGGGCGGGGCAAAUCUGGAGGCCAAGUGCGAGACGAAUAUCGAGACGAAUAUGACCCUGGGAGAGGAGGUUUUGGUCGUGCUGUCGAGAUGGAGCGGAUCAAGGAAGAAGAAGAAUACGGUCGUGGAAGAUAG